AUGAGUUACGCCGACGCUGCCGCAAGGGGUCCCAAGCAAUCCCCUGAAGAGGUAUGUCACCACACCCGUCGGACAAAUUCUUUGACCUUACUGACUCUAAUCGCAGGCGUAAGUGAAGCUACUGAAUUGCGACUUUUGAUACCUAAAAAACUAAUCAAAUCUGGUUUCAUCAGCCGUGCCCCCGAAAUCAACCGAGUUUACAAAGAUGAAGGCGAGAGCACAGCAUCCCUAAUCGACGUCGACAGCCCUCACGUGCAGUCGGUAGACUCCGAUUUCCUGCAACAAAAUGUGCAAACAAGCACUCAGGCGGAGCGGAUAGAGCGUGAGGAAGAGGAAGCCCGAGGAGCCCGUGAGAAGAAGGCGAGAGCUAAGGCCUCGCGUGGCCAUGGCAAUGAGACCAACCCGGUAUACCUUGGCAAUGCCGCUAUUCUCGCCCUCGUCAGCGCAGGUCUUGGAUUCGGUGCUUACCACAAGCACGCACAAGGCAAGCUUUCGUGGGAGCUUGUUGGGCUGUGGACGGGUGCUGUGGGUGCUUUUGGCGCCGUCGAUUACUUCGUCAGCAAGUGGUUCCUCCAGAAUAAGUACCCUCCUAAAAACUAA